AAUAUGAACCCUAUAAGAAAUAUUACUGAUAAAAUAAUACUGUAAAACAUGUUAUUAAUACAUUCAUCAUAAGGCAGGUUAUAUGGUAACAAUAAAAGAAUCUCUGAAUCCUAACAUUUCCCACUGCUGAGGAGACCAUGCGCUACAAUCCAAUACCCACUGGUAUCACUCCAGGGCCCACCCUGUAUGCAGUUGCCCGCAUUAGCUCCCUGAGAUCUGCAUUUGACCUGUUUGUGACAGACGAGAUCAUUCAGCUGCUGUGCACCCACACAAACCUGCAUGGGAGGCGAAACUGUGAGGAUUGGAGGGAUGUGGAUGAUGUGGAGAUGAGAGCGUACAUUGGGAUUUUGAUUCUCGCUGGUGUCUACCGCUCAAGGCAUGAAGCAUCGCGUGGUUUGUGGGCUGACAAGACCGGACGGGCAAUAUUCCGUGCUACAAUGCCCCUCUACCGCUACGCCCAGAUCAGCGCUAACAUCCGCUUUGAUGACAAGCUCACCCGCCCGGGACGUUUCAGGAACGAUAAGCUUGCUGCAUUUCGCGUCCUGUGGGAAAAGUGGGUUGCUCGUCUCCCCCUGCUGUUCAAUCCAGGAGUUGACGUGUGUGUCGAUGAGCAGCUGGUUGGAUUCAAAGGUCGAUGUGGAUUUCGACAGUAUAUGCCCAGCAAGCCUGCAAAAUAUGGCAUUAAAAUCUGGGUGACCUGUGAUGUGGCAACCUCCUAUGCCUGGAAGAUGGAAAUUUACACAGGAAAAUCACCUGGAAGUUCCCGGGAAGUUAAUCAGGGAAUGAGAGUUGUGCUACAACUGACAGAGGGGCUCCAAGGACACACUGUCACUUGUGACAACUUCUUUACCUCGUUCAGCUUGGCAGAGGAGCUGCUCAGAAAAAAACUAGCUCUGGUUGGCACAAUCAGGAGAAACAAACCAGAGCUCCCUCCCCAGCUUGUUCAGCUGAGACAGAGGAAGAUUCUUUCAUCUCUCUUUGCCUUCACCAAAACAACCAUGGCAGUCUCCUACAUGCCCAAGCGAGGGAAGAAUGUGCUUCUUUUGAGCACAAAGCAUAGGGAACCAGCAGUGAGUUAUGGGGAAAAGAAGAAGCCAGCAGCAAUCCUUGAUUACAAUAGGUGUAAAGGUGGAGUGGAUAACCUAGACAAGGUUGUUGGCACCUACAGUUGUUGGAGGAAAACCGGUCGCUGGCCACUGGCUCUGUUCUACAAUCUUCUGGACGUCUCAGCAUACCUUGCCUUUGUCCUGUGGAAAGCAGUGCAUCCUGAGUGGGAGUCCACCAAGACCUACCAACGAAGGGUGUUCCUGGAGGAGCUGGGCCACAUGCUGGUGACUCCAGAAAUUGCAAGACGGCCUUGUGCCCCACGCUCAAAAGCAGCCGCUGCUAUUGUUGCUGAGAUACAGCAGUCAGAAUCAGAAUCAGAGUAUGACCCACAGCCCAUCAACAAAAUGAGGAAAAGGUGCGAACUGUGUAUAAAGAGAAGAAGAACGGCAACCACUUGCUCCAGCUGUGGAAAGAGUGUCUGCAAAGAUCAUUCUGCUGUGGUUUGCGUGUCCUGCCAUCCCUGAGUGCACGCAAGAGCUGCUGAAGAAGGAGAGGUGAUUUGACACGAAGACUGUAUUGAUUUGACAUUUUGCCUCAGCACUUUCUCAAUAACAGCAGCAAAGGAUGACACCGUUGUAUUAUACAUGCAGACACCACCACUGAUUUUAUUGCAUGACCUCGAAGCACUGCUCCUCCUUCUCUUUGCUUUUCAUCCGGUUGUUCUUGCAGUUACUCUGAUACUAAGAUGUUUUGAUUUAUGAUGUAUUUCCUCCAUUUUCUGGAGAAGACAAAGAAGUUUCUGUGGUAUUUUAUGUCAUUUAAUGUUGUAGUUUUUGUUUAUGGUUUGCAAAUGUAGAAACCCAACAAGAGACAUGGGUUGGAAACUAGCAAUAGCUGUAACCUGUUUCAUAAUCCAUAUUGGAACUAUGUUCAAAUGCAUCAUGCCUUAUAGUGUCUGCGCACACACACACGCACAGACACACACACAACAAAGUGGGAGUUUCUUUUUUUUGGGGUCAUUACUCACAGGAAUAAUACAAAAUAUUAAUAUUAAUAAUAAUUAUUUUUGUUACUGGCACUGACCUGCAAUGAUUUAAAAAAAAAAAAAGGUUUUGUCAUUCAACUGCUGAAAAAAUUUGAACUUUAUUGCUAUUUCCCCCCAAAAAACAUAGUAGUAACAUAUAAUUUGACUGGUAUUCAAAGGGUAUAAUUUCUGAAUUUUAAUUAUAUUU